GCUCCGGGGCCGCCCCUCUGCGGAAGGCGCCGGGCGCGGGAACCCGGGCGGCCGCGGACAUGUGCACGAUGUCCUUCAAGAAGGAAACUCCUCUUGCCAAUGCUGCAUUCUGGGCAGCAAGGAGAGGAAAUUUGGCGCUGCUGAAGCUGCUGCUAAACAGUGGACGGGUGGAUGUGGACUGCAGAGACAGUCAUGGCACCACGCUCCUCAUGGUUGCCUCCUAUGCUGGCCACAUCGACUGUGUGAGGGAGCUGGUUCUGCAGGGAGCAGACAUCAACCUCCAGAGAGAGUCAGGUACAACUGCCCUGUUCUUUGCUGCCCAGCAAGGUCAUAAUGACGUUGUGAGAUUUCUCUUUGGAUUCGGAGCGUCUACUGAAUGUAGGACCAAAGAUGGGGGCACUGCCCUGUUGGCUGCCAGUCAGUAUGGGCACAGGCAGGUGGUGGAGACCUUGCUGAAGCAUGGAGCCAACAUCCAUGAUCACCUUUACGAUGGAGCCACUGCCCUCUUUCUAGCUGCCCAAGGAGGUUACUUGGAUGUCAUCCGAUUACUGUUGUCUUCAGGAGCAAAAGUCAACCAACCAAGGCAGGACGGGACGGCACCCCUGUGGAUCGCGUCCCAGAUGGGCCACAGCGAGGUGGUGCGCGUGAUGCUGCUGCGCGGAGCCGACCGUGACGCCACGCGGAAUGAUGGUACCACAGCACUGUUGAAAGCAGCCAACAAGGGGUAUAAUGAUGUUAUAGAAGAGUUGCUUAAAUUCUCACCCACUCUUGGUCUUUUGAAGAAUGGCACAACGGCUCUCCAUGCGGCAGUGCUAAGCAGGAAUAUUAAAACAGUUGCCCUGCUCCUGGAAGCAGGGGCAGACCCAGCCCUGAGAAACAAGGCCAAUGAACUUCCAGCAGAACUAACCAAAAAUGAACGCAUACUGCGUCUCCUCCAAAGUAAAGAAGGUCAUAGGAAGAGCUAACUUAGUUCCACAUUUGACAGAAAGACAGAAACCUUAUCCACACUGUCAAAAAAGAAAUUGCUUUUCAAACAGGGUUGGAAAUUCUUUUAAGAACAAAUAUACACUGAAAGCCUGCCCUGUGGGUCCCUAUGUUUUGUGCACCAAAUGAACAAGAGGAGCUAGGGGGCCCCUUUCCUCACUUAGGAUGAGCAUCUCACACUGCCCUGGCACUCAGCUCCAGGCCUGGCAUAUUUACAGAUUCCACAGAAACUCAUUGGCAACAAUGCUAACCUGAGUCUCCCAGUUAAAUCUGAAGUUAGACAGGGUUUUCAGUACUAAGCAAGAAGACAGAAAGCCUUGUUCCUUUAAAAGGUGGAAAGAAUGACUGACCUUCAAUGAACGGAUGUGCUUUUGCUUAUUCAUUAAAUGUAGGUGUGAUAAAGUAUAUAUAUAUAUAUAUAUAUAUAUAUAUAUAUAUAUAUGUCAUUCCAGUGUAAAAUGUUUUCUUCCACCUAAAGAUCAUAACCAUGGUUAUUGGGAAUCAAUAAUAUUCAAAUAUGCAUUAUUGGAAAACAACUUCCAACAUUCCACCACAUACUAUUCAAAGAUGGACUAGUGCACUAUAGAAAAGACAAACUGUAUGUUUGUUAAUUAAUCCUCAUCUCAUUCCUGACAUGUAAAAAUUGCUUUCACUUACUCGAUGUUGCAGGUAUGCUAGGAUAACAGUAGCAAAUUUGGAAGUCCAGAAAAUUACAAACCAUGAAAGAGUUAGGCUUGUCUCUUUGAACAUUUAUUUUGGUCCUAUUUCUGGGAGUCUAUUUCCCACUCCAUGAGUAAGUAGACCUAAUAAACUGCGGAAUCUUGAACUUCCAACACCACUUUACUUAAUACAAUGGCUUUGAGGUCCUCAGAUAAAAUGUGAUAUAGACCCAUAUGAUGUGCUGCUAUGACUAUUAGAGGAGUAUAAGUACUAAAGAUGUCUGUUAGUUGGGCCCGGGAUUUAGCUCAGUGGUUCUACCACCUGCCUCACAAGUGCAAGGUCCUGAGUUCUAUCCCCAGUACUGGAAAAAAAAAAAAAGAUGGCUGCUAGUAUUUAAUAAGCACUCAUCUAUGCAUGUCCUUGGGUUGAUUGAUUCCCAAGAAAGAAUCCUGAAUUUUAUUGAAUUAUUAUUCCUUCAAGGGGCUAAAAAUUAUAUUCAAUGCACUUUAUGAUCAAUGGUGUCUAACUGCCUGUCAGUGCCUAACUGUGCUCACAAAAACUAAACUUUUUUUCCUAUAAUCUUACCGUAAAUAUCAGUAUAGUUUCUGUUAUCUGCAAACUGUUAGUUUUCCUGCUCAUAUUCUGUGCUGGCUUCCAGCAAGUGUUCUAUGUAAAGACAUGUUAAAAUGGAGGGAAAUGUUAUAAUCCCCAAAUAACUUAUUUAACUAACUUCCUGUGGUACUAAAAUCAUCAUCUUUAAGUCAGUAAUUGAUAGGAUAUGAUUUUUGAAAUUAGAAAAUAUUCCCUUAAAACUGUUUAUGAUUUAAGAAGGGGAAGAAGGAUUGAAGGGAGGGGAGGGGAAUGAGAAAAAAAAAAGCAGCAAGAUAUAUCAUGUACAGGUACAAAUUCUCUAUGAUGAAUGCUAUCAUUAUGUAUAUCUAAAAUGUACCAAUAAAUGUUUUGCGUUAAAAAACUUUAUGAUUAAUGCCAUAAAAAUCAGCAUAUUUUGGUCAGUGUGACAAGCAAAGCCAGUCAAGAGCAACUCACAGCCUUCAGAGACUCAGCCAGACUGGCUACACAGAAAUCCUCCACCUCAUUUCAAGACAAAGAUUAGACAACUCUGUUACCACAACACCAGCUAUAAAACAUCUUGGUAGCUAGAAAGCAGUGCCAAUUUCUUUAUUGACAUUCUUUUAUUUAGCGAAGUUAUACAAAUACACAUUUUCUAUGGGAAUUUCAAAAAGCUGUAUUCAUUUUGAGGAGGAAAAUAAUAUAGCCUUAAGUACUGUAUAUUUUUCCCUUUAGUUAACCCUUUUGCCAAAAAUAAUUGCUCAUCACGGAUCCAAAACAAAACAGUAUUUUGGGUACUGACAAAUUACAAACUUAAUGUUUUUACUAAGGCAUUUUGUCAUUGGCCUAGUCCUUAGGUGGUUUUAUAUGGAUAAUAUUCUCGAACAAUACUGGAGCCAUAAGAAUAAACCUAGUAGCUUUAACAUUUAACAGAGGCCUUCUUCUGGUGGGUGAGGGGUCAUAUACCUUAGAAGGAUCGCGUUUGAUCUAGAUGAGACUGUAUUAUCCAUAGCGGGGGAAGAUGAUCAAUCACCUACCAAAGCCUAAACAAAAGGCCUGUUUUAAAAAUUGCAUUUAGUUUGCACACAUUUAAGUGAUUCUUAUUUUAUUUAACCUAACUCACAGUUCAGUUAAACUGUGCAGCCUAAGACUUAAAACUAGUGAUUCCUGUGCAAAUCAUCUGCUAAAUUGAACUGCAAAAGUUUGUAAUUACCUACACCUGUUUGAUGACACAUUCCAUGUUAAAAUUUAAAAUAAAGUUUAUAUAUGACUGAG